CAUCUCUGGCCAACAAAGUCCAGAAUGAGUGAAGUCCCGAACUCAACUAUCCCCGCCCAUGAUUCCAAACUUGGGGCCGAGAUCUUUCACAGCAUAUCUAGUAGCUUCGCCGAUCAGAAUGUGGUCAUAUCCCCACUCCUGUUGGAAGCCACUCUGGCCCUACUCUACCUGGGAUCCGAUGGAGCCACCGCUGAGGAGUUACAGAAGCUGUUGCGAUUGAAGGAACGCUUCCCCAGCAACGCCAAAAUGGCCAACUUCUUUGCCUCCGAACUGGCCAACAUCACAGGAGAUCCGGAUACUAGAAUUCAGCUGAGGAAUCACUUACUUGUCCAGCCUUCUGCUGGUGCGGGAUCUGGCAUAGCUGAGGACUUCCAAAAGAUUGCCCAGACGUAUUUCCAUGCCACAGCCGAAAGCAUCGACCUGGAGCAGACGGAGAAGCUGCGACGCCAUAUCACCGAACAGAUUCUUUCCGCCGUAGGAGGUGGCAGUUGGCAGCAACUCCAGGUGGAGGGCAGUCCUCUGGCCAAAAUUCUGCUCCUGCUGGCCGCGAAUCUCCAGAGCAAGUGGUUCCUUCCCUUUAGUGCCUACAGAACGGGACUGUACGAAUUCCACAGUGGCAGUAAUCCGGAGCAGGCCAAGUCGGUGGCCAUGCUCUUCGACGACGACAUGUUCGUAAAGUUCGCAGAGCUCCGAGAUCUGAACGCCCGCGCCAUCGAACUGCCCUACGAGCACGCCGAGGAGCUGUCCAUGCUGCUCAUCCUGCCUAACCAGCGUGAUGGCCUGCCAGAGCUGGAGAAGCAGCUGCGUAGCCAGGACCUGGGUGAACUGCAGCAGAGGAUGCAGAUGGAGGGAGUGCAAGUUCUGCUGCCCAAGUUCAGCAUCGAUUUCGAGUGCAGUCUCCGCCAGCCCUUGAAGCAGUUGGGCUUUGAACAGAUAUUUUCGGCUUCGGCGGACUUUAAACACUUGCAUCCAACUGGCAGCCUGCCAGUGGCGGAUGUUCUCCAGAAGCUGCGUAUAAAUUUAAACGAGUCUGGCUCCGGAUCUGAACAGCCCCGGGUGGCAGCAGAAUACAAGCCCAUUGUGAUCAGCAAUUCCUCCCGCCAGAAAUUCUUUCGAGCCGACCAUCCAUUUUUCUUUGCCAUUCGGAGCGAGAAUGUGACCUACUUGAUGGGUCACGUGGUUGGAUUUUAAAUAAAUCCCAGAGAACAUCCUGGAAUGCUCACUGGCCAAUGGGAGUUUCUGUAAUAUUUCGAAAUUUAUCAUAAAAAUAAGUAAUUUAUAAUUCAUACGUAAUAAACAUGUGAAGAUUGGA